AAAAGAUGAGUCGCGUAUAAAAACCAUCAUCCCGAGUUGCCGAAGAUCAGUUCGGCAAACUCAUUUUAAGUGAGAGUGUUUAAGAACUGACGUGUGUGUGUGCGUCUGCUGAACCUUUAGAUAAAAUUAGAUUUUAGGCCGCAAUGUCUCCACUAUUUAUAGUGGGGAUAACACUUUUCACCACCUCCUUCGCUGCCGUUGAUCACGUGCCCCAGACGAAAGGGAAUUCGCCCAGCAAUCCGCACGAAAUCAACGAUGCCUUCGAAACAAAGAAUCCUCAAGACUUUUGGUGGAUGCGCGACGACAGCCCGCUGAAAGCGUCGUACGACUAUUAUAAGAAAUGUGCCUCGUCUGGUCAGUGCAACCCGUCGAAGAAAACUCGUCCUUCAAAAUCGAAGGAAAACCCGUCGGCUGGAUCGGAAUCCAUAGACGUGGCCAAAAACGUUUUCUUGAAUGGACAGUUUAAUCAAAACGGCGGCUACUCUUCUGCUUCGUUUACUUCUGCGUCUGCGUCGGAUGGAUGCGAUGGUGAUUGCGUUCAAGGCACGAAAAUUGCCGGUUUUCACAACGGGGCUAGCAUCGACUUGAGCAAAAAUCCCUUCUUGCGGGGACAGUACGUCGCGGCUGCCAACGGCGACUUAGUCCUAAACGAAAACAACUUUAUGGGCGUGCAGCCAUCAGUACCUUUUAAAGGCUUGAAGAAACGUCUCCCGACCUCCACCACUUACCAAGUACACCAUGUUUCAGGGCAAGAUGGCGAAGUGUCCGGAGUUUCGGCUAGCCAUUGUGAAGGGAAUGGUAGAGUAUGCGCGCCCAUAGGCAAGUGCCUCGACGGAGUGAUCGACGACGCGGAUGUUUCGGAACUUCAUAAAAAGGGAAGGAAGUGCGAUACAGAAAAUGAGGUGUGCUGUCGAUUAUCCAGUUUUGGGACAAAUUCGCGCAAACCUAGCAUCGCAUCCAACGUAAACGAUCUGGUUUACACUGCCGGAAAAUCUAGCGUUCAAGGAUCGUUCCUCAAAUUUGCUGGCGGCUUUGGAUUAUCUCCAGGGCAGAUACAGGUAAUAUCCAAUUCGGAAGAGGGAGUCAGACCAAAUCCGAAUUUCAUUGGACAAUCAGCUUCCAGCACACUGAAAUCUAUACGUGACAUUUCGGCUUCUGCCAGCAAUAACGUCUUUUCCAGUACACCUGAUUAUUCCAACGUACAAUUCGACUCGAACGUUAGGUUCGCGUCCACACUCCAAGGACCUGCUUACCUGCCCCCUUAUGAGGAAAAACCGACCCCUACAACCCCGAAACCUUCAUGCGGUCCAGGUUACUACGUCACACCAUCCGGUCAAUGCGAAAAUAUAAAAAAACCCUGUCCUCCCGGAAGUCGCAGCACGCCCUCUGGAGGCUGCGAAUUAAUUCCAAGCUCAACAUGUAGACCGGACCAACGAAUAGGACCAUAUGGACAAUGUGUAGAUCUUCCAUCUCCACCCACUCCGUCUACUCCAAGACCCUGUGGGCCAGGACAAACCAGAGGUCCUUAUGGACAGUGUUUAGAUCUUCCACCUCCACCCACUCCGUCGACUCCAAAACCUUGCGAACCUGGACAAACUAGAGGCGAAUAUGGACAGUGUGUAUAUCUUCCACCUCCUCCGACUUCCAAACCUUGCGGACCUGGACAAACUAGAGGUCCCUAUGGACAGUGUGGAGAUCUUCCACCUCCACCCACUCCGUCGACUCCAAGACCGUGCGGACCUGGUCAAACCAGAGGUCCCUAUGGACAGUGUGUAGAUCUUCCACCUCCACCCACUCCGUCGACUCCAAGACCGUGCGGACCUGGUCAAACCAGAGGUCCUUAUGGACAGUGUGUAGAUCUUCCAACUCCACCCACUCCGUCGACUCCAAGACCGUGCGGACCUGGACAAACUAGAGGUCCUUAUGGACAGUGUGUAGAUCUUCCAACUCCACCCACUCCGUCGACUCCAAGACCGUGCGGACCUGGACAAACUAGAGGUCCCUAUGGACAGUGUGUAGAUCUUCCACCUCCACCCACUCCGUCGACUCCAAGACCGUGUGGACCUGGUCAAACCAGAGACCCCUAUGGACAGUGUGUAGAUCUUCCACCUCCACCCACUCCGUCGACUCCACGACCGUGCGGACCUGGUCAAACCAUAGGUCCCUAUGGACAGUGUGUAGAUCUUUCAUCUCCACCCACUCCGUCGACUCCAAGACCGUGCGGACCUGGUCAAAGGAGAGGUCCCUAUGGACAGUGUGUAGAUCUUCCCUCUCCUCCGACUCCAAAACCGUGCGGACCUGGUCAAACCAGAGGUGCUUAUGGGCAGUGUGUAGAUGUUCCACCUCCACCCACUCCGCCGACUCCAAGACCCUGCGGAUCGGGACAAAAAAGAGGCCCUUACGGAGAGUGUAUUGAAAUUAUUACUCCCACACCGACCACCAGAAGACCGUAUUGUGCUGCGGGUCAAAGGCUCGGUCCGAACGGACAAUGCUACGAUAUCUCCACCUCGAGGCCAAGAACUUGCAGUCCGGGACAACAGUUGGGUCCAUACGGAGAGUGUAUACCUAUUAGAACUCCCCCGCCGAGACCGACAUGCCCUCCGGGCUCGUUCCCAACCGCUUCAGGACGUUGCCAGCGCCCGAAAACUACACCGGCACCACCUCCAAGACCAAUCUGUCCUCCUGGCAGUUUCUUGGGGCCAAACGGAAACUGCGAAAGACCGCAGCCCCCGCCAACUCCUAAGCCCUGUCCUCUCGGCACGGUAAAAUCUCCGACAGGAGAGUGCAUCCGCCCGGCACCAACAUGUCCACCCGGAAGUUACCUCGGUCCAUCCGGAUCUUGCGUAUUACAAACCAGACCUUCUCCACCACCCACGGCCACGACUCCGAGAGGCUAUCUUCCACCCAAAAUCGAAACAACUACAGCGCCGCCGUCUGGAGGGUAUGUCUAUCCGAAACCGACACCCCCGUUCGACACACCCGGCUAUGACAGCGGCACCAACAUCGAAAGCGACUACCUCAACAAAAAGCCUCCAUACGAAGGGUCCGGGUCGACGAUAAACAACAACGUGGUCACGCCCGACCGUAAUCCCGAGAACACCGAGAACACCCAGGUGAUUGUAUCACCACCGGCUCCAGACGGAAGUUACACCAUAUGCAAAUUCACCGGAAACUACACCGGACCAUCAAAAUGUAACGGCGGAGGCUCGCCCACUCCGGGCAUUCCGCCAAAUCGUCCGGGUAGUACUAGGAAGCCCCCCAGUCCAGGAGAAUACCAGUCUCAGUCUGAGAUCGACGAGACCCUGAUCCCUAAUGGAUGCGCCGCAGCUCUGAAAUGCGUCCAGGAGAUUUACUGCACUGCCGAGGGUGUAGUCAGUCCUGUGCCCGUCGUUUUGACCAGGGAACAAGAGUUGCUACGGGCACCAACCACGGUUUGCAGAGACACAGACUCGGGCAUAAUCGGAAAGUGCUGCAGGGAUCCAAAUUACGUUGAUCCCUGGCCGUCCGCCAAUUUGGUCGACGGGGUGGACGACGGACAAUACAAGGAAGACGAUUCGAUCGGUCAAUACAAAGCUCAGUACGGAAGGGUGUCGAGGUCCAAUUCGCAAACCAGGGGCCUCGAAGCAAAUCGUAGGCCCAAAAGACAGACGAACGAAGAUUCGACCUGCGGCAAGAGAAAUUAUAACACUAGUCCGUCGGGCCGUAGCCAAAUAGAUGCCAACUUUGCCGAAAUUCCGUGGCAAGCGAUGAUCUUGAGGCAAAGCAACAGGAGUUUACUGUGCGGUGGGGUUAUCAUUAGACGAAACGCAGUACUAACUGCUGCCCAUUGCGUUCAAGGGUUAGAAACGUCGGACGUUCUGAUUAAGGGAGGGGAAUGGAAGCUGGGCAUCGACGAGGAACCUUUGCCGUUCCAAAUAGUGAAGGUGAGCGCCAUUUUAAGGCACCCAUUUUAUCGAGAAGGCUCCAUGGAGAACGACAUGGCCGUGCUGGUUUUGGACGAGGAUUUGAGAUUCACGAAGAACAUCGGAGAGUUGUGUUUGCCCGCACCGAAUCAAAUACCCACUCAAAAUUGCAUAGUAACUGGAUGGGGCAAGAGGAUACUUCAACUUCACGCCAGAGGCGCCAUAAUGCACAGGAUUGAGCUGAACGUGAUGGACAAUCGCCAAUGCAGGGAAAUGUUGGGAAAGUAUUUCCCGGAUUCGGUGGCUCAUUACAAUCCCAACACAUUAUGUGGCUUCUCAGACGUCGAUCAGUGCAGAGUGGAUUACGGAAGCGCUUUAGCUUGCGCAGAUGAUUCCGGUCGCUACACCCUUAGCGGGAUAUACACUUGGGACACCGGUUGCAAACAGCAAGGCCAAAUUGGGGGCUACGUGGCCCCAGACGUCGAAUGGAUCGAAUUCGUACUUAGCAAGCCCCUCGGAGAGCUUAAAAGGAUGGACAGAGAGUAUAACAACCGAAUUCAGCGAUCUACUUAAAUGCCUACGUUUUAUUUUUCAUCUACGUGAAUUUCAAUCUCACUUAUUUAGAUUCGUAGACGUUAUCUUUGUACAUAGACUUAUUAUUUAUAAACGUGACAGCUAAACGUGUGAUCUUUCUAAUGGUAAUUCGAUAAUAAUGCUCAACUGAUUGUAUAUUUUCUUCAUGUAAAAACGUUAAUAUUUUUUUUAAUUACGAUUUAAGUGUAAAUUAAAAAUAUUUUAAUA